AAUUACUCAGGUAACGUUUUUAAUCGCGCUGGUUACUUGUUGUAGCGUUAAGUGAAAUUGAAGAAAAAAUACUUUGGUGCAACUGCGACGCUUCCAAAGCGUCCGAAGAGGCAACAUGCAUGUUCUCAAGCGCGGUGGACGUAAGGAGCCUGUGCAUUUCGAUAAGAUAACUGGAAGAAUUGAGGCACUAUGUUACGGUCUGGACAUGAAUUAUGUGGAUCCAUCUGCGAUUGCACUUAGGGUUAUAACUAAUUUAUGUUCUGGAGUAACAACAACCGAAUUAGAUAAUCUAGCAGCUGAAACUGCAGCGACUAUGAUCAAUCAACAUCCAGAUUAUGCAACCUUAGCAGCUAGAAUUGCUAUAUCCAAUCUACACAAGGAGACAAAGGAAGUUUUUAAUGAGGUGAUAUCUGAUUUGUAUCAUGCAAAAUGUUCGAUCACGAAUGAACACUUACCUAUAAUUAGCGAGAAAUAUUAUCAAAUUAUCCAAAACAAUGCAGAUAAAUUGAAUUUAGCAAUACUAUAUGAUAGAGAUUUUAAUUAUAGUUAUGUUACAUUUAAAAUGCUUGAGAGUGAUCACCUAUUGAAACUGAAUGGAAAAGUUGUUGAAAGACCACAGCACAUGUUAAUGCGAGUUGCUGUAGCUAUUCACGGUGAAGAUAUUGAUAAGGUUAUUGAAACAUACAAUUUUAUGUCGAAACAAUAUUUUAUAUAUCCUGCACAGACAAUAGAUACCGCAUGUAUCAUUAAACAACCAAAGGCUAACACAUUUUUAUUGACAAUGUCUGGUGAUAGCAUAGAUGGAAUAUUGGAUACAUUGGAAAGAUUUACUGUUCUUUGUGAUUAUAAUGGUGAAGUAGGAUUUAAUGUACAUUGUAUUCGAGCAAAGAAUACACCUAUUAGGGGUACAGGAGGCGUGUCAAACGGAUUAGUGCCUAUGUUAAAAACAUACGAUACAUCUAUUGGAACUGUCUCAAAAAAUGGCAAAAAUGAGGGACCGAUUACUGUAUAUUUAGAACCGUGGCAUUCUGAUAUUUUUGAGUUUUUGGAUCUUAAAAGGAGUAUUGGUGAGGAGCAAUUGAGAGCAAAAGGCAUGUGUUAUGGAUUAUGGACUCCAAAUUUAUUCAUGAAACGUGUUUUUGAUGAUGAUGUAUGGAGUUUAAUGUGUCCACAUGAAUGUCCUGGAUUAAUUGAAGCUUGGGGUGAUGAAUUUGAAACAUUGUAUACCAAAUACGAACAGGAAGGACUUUUUCGGAGACAAGUCAAAGCAAGGGAGUUGUGGCUUCUCAUUAUUCAAAUACAAUGUGAAACAGGAGUGCCAUACAUAGUUUUUAAAGAUCAUUGUAAUUAUAAAUCAAAUCAUCAGCAUUUAGGCACAAUUAAAUGCAGUAGUUUCUCUACCGAAGUAGUUCAGUAUUCGAAUUCGGAUGAAGUUGCCAUGUGUAAUACAGCUUCAAUCGCUGUCAAUAUGUUUGUGAAUUCUACUAAGAGAGUUUUCGACUUUUAUAAACUUAAAGAAAUAGCGAAAAUCGUCAUCUACAAUUUGGAUAAAAUGAUUGACUUUAAUUUUUACCCUCUUCCAGAGGCAAAAUCAUCAUGUGAUAAACAUAGAUCUAUUGGUAUUGGUGUACAAGGAUUAGCAGAUGCAUUUAUUUUAAUGAGAUACCCAUUUGAAAGCAAAGAAGCUAAUGAACUCAACGUUCAAAUUUUUGAGACUCUCUAUUAUGGCGCUCUAGAAGCUAGUUGCGAAAUAGCUACUGAAAAAGGUCCUUAUGAGUCAUAUAAGGGUAGUCCUAUCAGUGAAGGUAUCCUCCAGUUCGACAUGUGGCGUGUGAAACCAACAAAUUUAUGGGAUUGGGAUAUUUUAAAGACAAAAAUUGCUACACAUGGAGUACGCAAUUCUUUGUUAAUAGCUCAAAUGUCGGAUGCAUUUAUGGCACAAAUGUUGGAAAAUAAUAUAUCAGUUGAGCCAUACAAGAGCAACAUUUAUAUGAUACGUGCAUUAUCAAAACAAUAUUCGAUUAUUAAACCAUGUUUGUUACGAGAUCUAAUCGAGAAAGAUCUUUGGGAUGAAAACAUGUGUAAUAAAAUUAUUCUUAAUGGCGGAUCUAUACAAAACAUUGAGGAGAUACCUGAAGAUUUAAAACUGCUUUAUAAAACUGUUUGGGAAAUGCCACAAAAAACGAUUUUUGAAAUGGCAGCUUCUCGUGGACCUUUUAUUGAUCAAUCGCAAUGUUUGAAUGUUCACAUGGUUGAUCCAUUAGAGAAGCUUACAUCCAUGCACUUUUUUGCUUGGGAAAGUGGUUUGAAAUCCAGUAUGCAUCAUCUUGUAACUGAUGACAAUAAUAUAGAAUAGAUCAGA